CUUACAGACAAAAUGGCUGAAGUUGAGGAAACACUAAAGAGGAUCGAAGCACAUAAAGGUGUCAUUGGAACAAUAAUUGUCAAUGCAGAAGGUAUUCCCAUCAGAACAACUUUAGAUAACUCCACCACAGUUCAGUAUGCAGGACUCCUUCGCCAACUCACAAUGAAGGCCAGGAGCACUGUUAGAGACAUUGACCCUCAAAAUGACCUCACCUUUCUCCGCAUUCGCUCCAAGAAACAUGAGAUCCUGGUUUCACCAGAGAACGACUUUCUUCUGAUAGUCAUCCAGAACCCAUGUGAAUAGCUGCUGGACAUUUCCAUGAGAGUCAGCAUUUAGUUUAUCACAUGAUGGCGCGUUAUCCAGGCAAAGGAUCGUUUACCACUGAGUUAAACCACUCCGUGUCCAAUCCCUCUUCUCUACUUCAAACUCAAGUAUUUUGCCUUAAUAAGCAUAGCACACUGUCUGUUUUAAAUUAUAUAUUUCUUUCAAUCUUUGUCCUUGUGUUGAUACUGAAUAAGUUGAUCAAAUAAAGCUGCUGGUCAUCAUACAGUACUGAA